AUGACCAACUUGUUUCCUAUCAGAGGACGAUCAAAUGCUCAGAAAAAACUACCAACAAAAAUAAGGAGGGAAUCAAAACAAGUAUCAAAAAAAACGCAUGGUUUCGUUCCUGCAAGGUUUAAAUUGCUUCCAAUUGAGAGUGAUGUUAAACUAGCUGGAACGGCAUGGGAAAAAGAUUAUAUUGAUCCAACAACUAAUAUUAGUAAAAAAGCUCCGGCAGUUAAAAAAACCAGAAUAUUCAUGGAUAAAGUUAAUAUGAUGACAAGAACCGAACAAUUAGAACUUUUACACGUGAAGAAAAAAAAUGCAAGUUUGGAAGAUUUCAAAUUGGAAGAUAUUACAUUUGAAUCAUUUAAUUUAAGACCGGAAAUUUAUGAGGCAAUAAGAAAAGGACCACUUAAAGGUGCUGACCCAUUUAUGCCUUCAGAAAUUCAAGCAUUAGCCAUUCCUGAAAUAUUGAAAGUAGAUAAUAGACACAUAAUGUGUGCAGCAGAAACUGGUUCUGGUAAAACCUUGGCUUAUCUAAUACCUAUAAUAAACAAAUUAAAAGAAGAAGAAGCAAGAGCAGGUAAAAUUUCGAAAGAGAGUAAAGAAAUUGAAAAACUCAAAGAAGGAAUAGAUAAAGAGACUCCGCAAGUCGCAGAAGCAUUCAAAGAAGAGUUAAAAGAGAAAAUGCAAUUAAUGGCACUCAAAAAAUCAGCGGUUAGAAGUUUCAAUCGUCCUCGGGCAGUUGUUCUUUUACCAUCACGAGAACUCGUAGACCAAAUAUUAUCUGUAGCAAAACUUAUGUCCCAUUUUGCAAAAUUUAGAGCCAUAGCUAUGACAUCACACAAAGAUCGAACUUUUGUAAAAAAAACGUUACAAAUGCCAGUAGAUAUUGUAAUAGCAACACCAGCAGGACUUUUAGAUUAUUCACGCAAAAAAUUUGUUAAUUUAAUGGAUGUAAAAUAUCUCGUAAUUGAUGAAGCGGAUACUUUGUUUGGUAAAGGGUUUGGAGAGGAAGUUCUAGAAGUUAUACAGAAAGUGAAAGGCUUUAGUCAUAAGAAAGAAAGACCAUAUCAAGCAAUUGUUGUAUCAGCUACUUUGCCAAAAACUGUUAAUGAAAUGCUGACAAAAGAAUUUCCAUUCAUUAAAAGGAUCACAAGUCACUCACUUCAUAAAGCAUUACCUAAUCUUCAUCAUCAUUUUGUUGAUACAAAAGAAUAUAAUUUUAAUAAAAGUGCAGCAAUUAUAGAUAUACUAAAGCGGACACAUGAUGAAAAUUCUAGUACAAUGAUAUUUUGCAAUACUCGGAUUAGUGCGAUGGCACUUGAAAGUUUUUUGAAAUCAAAGCAAUAUCCUGUGAUAGGAUUGUUUAGUGAUGCCGAAGAUCGAACCGUUUUACUUGAAAAAUUUCGUAGACGAACUUCCGAAGCAAAUAUAUUAGUAUGUACAGAUUUGGCUUCUAGAGGAGUGGAUACUACUUUUGUAAAUCAUGUAAUUCUAUAUGAUUUUCCAACAACUGUGGUAGAUUUUUUGCACAGAGUGGGUAGAACAGCAAGAGCUGGUAAUUAUGGGAGAGCAACACACUUUGUUACCAAAAAAAGUAGAGAAUUGGCAGAAAGGAUAAAAAGAAAUAUUAGAGAUAGAAGAGUUUUGGUGUAA